GGCAGAAUCGAAACCUAAGAGAGCUCCAGUUUCCUGGAUGUCACGUGCACAGCGGCUCUUGCAGUGCGGUGAGUUCCUGGUAUAUAACUAGUACACUUUGUCAUUGUCAGUCACAAGUAUGUCCAUCAUGGCCCAGUCACUGGAUGAUAUGGCUGAGGAGCUUACCUGCUCCAUCUGCCUCUGUUUGUUUACUACUCCAGUCACAAUUCCCUGUGGACACAACUUCUGCUACGAGUGCUUAGACCUCGCGUGGAAAGGUGUACUGCUGGAGGAUUACUGCUGCCCACAGUGUAGGUGUUCAUUUGAUUCCAAGCCUAACCUAAGGAAGAACACCCUGCUCAGUAACCUGGUCAAUCAGCUAACUGCAGCCAGAGGCGAACACAGCCUUGAAGUAAAAGAGAAAUCUGAAGAUGUGGUUGUAGAAGAGGAAGUAGAGAUCUCUGAUUCUGAUGCUGUUCUUUGUGACCACUGCAUGAAGGUGGCAGCUGUGAUGACAUGUCUGACGUGCAUGGCAUCCUUCUGCACUGUUCACCUGCAACCUCACCUGGAGAGUAAAGCUUAUAAGGACCAUAACCUCAAGCAGCCCCUGAGGAACCUCCAGCAGAGAAAAUGUGCAGAACACAACAAGCUGCUUGAUUGCUUCUGCUGGGAGCAUGGGAAGUGUAUCUGUUGGAACUGCAUAGUGAACCACAAGCAGUGUCAGACGCUCAGCUUGCAGGAAGGCAAAGCAAAGAAAGAGCAACAUUUGAAGAAACUCUUGCUAUCACUGAAUGAGAUGAUAGAAAAGGCCUCAGGUACACGUGAAGAAGUCAAACUUGAACAAAGACACGCAAAGGAAAUUACCACAAAGAAGAAAGCUCUCUUAGAUGGGGAGUUUGAAGAAAUUAAGACUCUUAUUGAAGAGGAACAAAAAAGAGCCAUGAAGAGGAUUGAAGAGGAAGAGAAGAAGGUGAACACCAAAUUUAACUACACCCAGAGUGUUCUGGAUAAAAAAAAGAAUGAAUUUCAGGGACUGAAAGAAAAAGUUGAAGCACUCCUAGACGAAGAAGAUGAUCUACAGUUCUUAAAGAAUGCAACAAAAUUUCAAGAUAUUCGACCGAAAGAGCCUUUUAAGCCAAGAAAUGACUUCAAUGAAAAAUUACUGCACCAAACCUACAGAAAUAUUGUUUCUCUAAAAGAUGCGAUCAAAGCAAAGCUCAACAACUUGGGUGAAACAGAGGAAGCUAGACCACCAACACAGCCGCACAUGAAAGGUUCUGAAGCUGAUAAGGCGGCCAGUCGAAAUGAUUCAUCAGACUGCCGAGGUCCACCGCAAAUGAAAAAUCCAUAUUUUAAAGAAGAUGAAAUUCUAGACUGGAAGUUACCGCAAAGGUUACCGCCACCGAAGCAAAAUACUCCUGAAAAACCCAAAACUAAACCAAGAACGAAAAUACCCCCAAGUCCUGCUGCAGCUGCUCCAUGCCCUGGGCCAACAGCUCCACGGAUAAAUCCAAGUUCUCGGGAAGAAUGCCUGAAAUUUGCAGAGCAACUGACUGCGGAUCCAUACACGGCACACAAGAGAGUUAUCAUGUCUGAUAACUUCACUAAGUUAACGGUGACUGAUUCCCCACAGAACUACCAGGAUAAUCCCAAAAGAUUUACUCACUGCUCUCAAGUUCUGUGUAGCAGAGGAUUCACCCAUGGCUGCUACUACUGGGAGGUUAAAAUAGAAGGUGGAAACUUUAGUGGCAUCGGUGUGGCCUACCAAACCAUUGCCCGCAAAGGGGCCGAAAGUCGACUGGGGCGUAAUAAAUUCUCAUGGUGCAUCGAAUGGUUUAAUGGUAAAUUACAAGCAUGGCAUGAUGAUAAAAUGACAGAUCUUACUUCUCCUAAUGUGAACACAGUUGGAGUUCUGCUCAAUUGUGAUGAGGGUUAUGUGGCCUUUUAUUCGGUAGGGAAAAAAUUUGGUCAGAUUUACAAAUUCCGCACCAAAUUUACAGAGGGGGUUUUCCCAGCAUUCUGGGUAUUUUCCAGCAACACUAUCCUGUCCUUUGGCUCAACCAAGUAGAAAAUAAGCAACAAAUAGUCUUUUGUUCUUGUAACAAACAACAGUUAAAUUGUAGACAAAGGUCUAAACUGAGCAAUAGACAUACUGGCCACAACUGAAAUUGUGGUUAAUUUAAUAUUAAAUAUUAGAGUAUAAUAAGUCUGACUCAUUAAAAUUAUUUUAUAAUUUA